UCGCGCACAGACCCGUCACCGUGAGACAGCGCGUGCAGCCCCGGUCCCCGCCGCCGCCUCCUCACUGGCUCCACACACCGAUCUGUGGCCGCGGGAGAGGCUCGUCUGCCCGGGUUCCCUUCACCGCCUCCUCCUCCUCCUCCUCCUCCUCCUCCUGCUUCACCUCCUCCUCCUCCUCCUCUCCUGACUGCAUGUUCAGCCACACCGCCUCCCUCUGCGUCUUCAGCCCCGGCGACCAUGGACAGUCGGGUACUCGAGCAUCCUCACGCCCAGUUCGGAGGCUCCCUGGCCGGGCUGGUGGGCUUCCCGUACCCGCUCGGUGCCCACCACCACCACCCGCAUCACCACCACCACCAUCCACACCAGCACGUCUACGAGCUCGCCGGCGGGCACCAGCUGCAGUCCGCGGCCGCCGUGCCCUUCUCCAUAGACGGAUUACUUAACGGCUCCUGCUCGGCCUCGGUGGUCGGCUCCAACCCGCUGCUGUCGCCCGACGGCCCGCAGUACAAACUCUCAGAUUCUGGGGACCCGGAUAAGGACAGUCCCGGUUGCAAGCGGAGACGCACACGGACCAACUUCACGGGCUGGCAGCUGGAGGAGCUGGAGAAGGCCUUUAACGAGAGUCACUACCCGGACGUGUUCAUGCGGGAGGCGCUGGCGCUCAGGCUCGACCUCGUGGAGUCCAGGGUUCAGGUCUGGUUCCAAAACCGCCGAGCUAAAUGGAGAAAGAAGGAGAACACAAAGAAAGGUCCGGGACGGCCCGCUCACAACUCCCACCCGACCACGUGCAGCGGCGAGCCCAUGGACCCCGAGGAGAUCGCACGCCGGGAUCUGGAGCGCGCCGAGAAGAAGAAGCGGAAACAGGAGCGGAAGCUGCUGAAGUCGCAGAACAAACUUCUCUCGGGUGACAGCUUCCACACGCCCGGAGGCUCCGAGAGCGACAGCGGGGUCUCCCAGUUCACGGACAGCGAGCAGCAGCCUACGAACAUUAACGGGACUAUUCACAUCGACCUGCCAGCAACAAAAGGUGCAGGAGGACACCAAACUGAAUCCAGCUGUGACCAAACGAGACACGACUUCAGCCCACUACAAAACCACCAAAACCAAAGAACCGCAGGAGAAGCGGAGCAGGUUUCUCCGUGCAGCACGCACAGCUCCAGCCCCGGAGGCCCGAGGUCCUCCGCCCUGCAGAAAAGAAACCCUUUCAGCGUGGAGAGCCUCCUCUCUGACGCCACGCCUCGACGGAAAUCCCAGCUGGACUUCCCUUCUCUGCCCAGUCAGAGGACACUGGUGGGUAAAGGUCACUUCUUGCUUUACCCCAUUACACAUCAGCCCUUGGGCUUUCUAGUGCCCCAAACAGCCCUGAAGGCCACACCGUGUCAGGACGGCAUUAACAGGUUCAGCCUGGGACAGAGGUGUGUGCCAAGCGAGGGGAGUCCUGCUCCCUCCGACCUCUCCAGCUUUGUCACUAAGCCUCUAAACUCGGAUCAUACGGAGCAUAGCGCGCAGCAUCACCACAAUCACAUUAGCAAUAGAGUGGAUGGAACAGACAUGGAGGAGGAGUGUGGCGGUGACGGGAGAUUCCCCGCUUCUCCUCCAGCGAACAGCGCGGCUCAGGCAGCUCUGGCCAGGCUGAGCUCGGCGCCGUCCAGCGACAGUGGCGAGGAGGGGACUCCGAAAGUUCAAACGGAGGCGGUGACCGGCGGCUGCCAAGCUGCCGAGCCGCGUGCGAGAGAGAAGGGCGCAAGCGAGGAGCGAGCGUCUCCAGACCUCUCCGAGUGUCUCAAGGCAAACACAGACUGUCAAGAAACACCCGGAACAGAUGGAGAAGAUGUCGAUAUGGACUAACACUUGCAAGGAGCAAACAUAAACAAAGGACCAGGAACACUGCUCACACAAUUCAAACAUUCCCAAAGCUCGGCUGAGACACUCGAAAACAUAUCAGGAAUCAGGAGACUUAAUUCUCAUCUAUUUUUUAAUCAUCACGUGUGAUCAAUCCAGAUGGUCGCUGAAAGCCGUGGCUGUCCCCAUCUUCAGGCUUUAGGCCCAAACUCUUUUAGAAGCAGGUUCUUUCUUCUCUUUUCUUUUGUUUUGUGACCAACUUGUAAGAAAAACAAGGCUACAAUAAGCAUCACACAACAAAAAUCCUCAGAUAUUGUAAAGAAAAAA